AUGGGCGCCGACGCGGCGCGCCCUCCCUCACCUCCCUCCGGACCCGCUGGCGUAACGGAAGGGCUUAGCGUCGCCGGCGCGCAACCGAUGGGCGCGGCGACAGCUAACAGCACGCUCAGGUAUGGAUUAACCGUAGAGACACCGAGGUCACCGUCCUACGACACGACAUUGCUAUGGCGAAGGGAUUUAGCCAAGCGGUUACGGCGUCGUUCCAGACCCACGCCGAUCCCAGCUAGACAUCCCAAGGCUGCCGUCAUAGACAGAACUACCGAGAAACGAAAGUCGCUGCAGGAAACUACCAAGGAGGUAAAUAAACCAAUUAUUAAAGCUCAGUCCGUCAGAUCACAUGCGAGCAGUCGCACUGUGAUAGAAGCGCAGCUGUCUCAGGCGGAGCUCGAGGCCAGCGAACGGCUAGCGGAGAUAUCCCGGAGGGAGUUGCAGCUAGAAGCGGACAUGGUACGUAAACGGCUAGACGCCAGAAAACUGCAGAUCCGCGCUAAUGCGGAUAGCGCAGACGAGCACGAAUCUGCUGGUAGCGUGCGGAAUUCGAAUCAAGAUCGAUUAGACGAAUGGCUAGAGAACUCGCGAGACGCGACGUCAAAACCCAUUUGUAAGAGGUUAACCGACGAACCUCUAUCCAAGUACGAGACUCCGAGACGACCUGCGCAGGCGGAGCGGCAUAUUCGAGGCCUCUCACCGGACCGCCAGGGAACGGCGCAUAUCUUCGCUUUCCUUGACGAUGGAUCCACCUUGUCAAUGAUCGACCAGGACGUCGCGGACGAGAUCGGCGCGGUCGGUCAAGACGAGCCGCUAUGCAUAAGAGGUAUUCAGCGGUUGAAACUUAGCUCAGUGACACAGACGGUCAAGGCUAAAGUAAGCCCCGCUCGUGGCGGCUUGACAUACGAUAUAUCCCUAAAAACGGUAGACGGACUAGGGAUACGCUCGCAGUCAUUAAAUAAGAAGCGUCUAUUGGAAUACGAACAUCUGGCGGACUUGGGCGACGAGUGCUACACGGGCAUGGGCGUGCCGCAGAUGUUAAUAGGCGGAGACUUCAGUCAUCUUAUAAACCCGACGGAGGUGAGACAGGGCGGCGAGGACGAGCCGUGCGCAGUUAAAACCUCGUUAGGAUGGGUUUUCUUCGGGCGAAUGCCGAGGUAUGUACCAAAUAACGAGCAGGUCGUGAUGCACUGCCACAGUGACGACAGUGAUCUCGUGGAGCAGGUCAAGAAACACUGGGCAGUCGAGGCGCUUGGCAUAACGGCAAAGGACAACAUUCGACCCGACGACCAGCGAGCGAUCGAUACAUUCGAACGAACAGUAAAAAAGGUAGGACAGAGAUACGAAGUCGGCCAACUAUGGGCUGCCGACGACAUAAAGCUGCCACCGAGUUUCAACAUGGCGAAGGCGAGAUUACGCAAUCUAGAAGCCCGCAUGUCGAGAGAUCCUGACUUCGCCAACGAGUAUCAAGCACAGAUACACAAGCUUCUGGAAAAGGGGUACGCAGAGCGCAUCAUGGAACCACCGCAGUCAGAUCGGAUGUGGUUUCUGCCCCAUUUCAGCGUCUACAAUUUAAAUAAAGGAAAGUAUCGCGCUGUAUUCGAUUGCGCCGCGAAAAGUCAGGGAUGUGCAUUGAACGAUUUCAUCCUCGCGGGACCGGAUUUACUACAGAGCCUGCUGGGGAUACUACUUCGAUUCCGUGAGUGGGAAUUCGCCGUCACCGCGGACAUACAGGAAAUGUUCCUUCAAAUACAGCUGCGAAGAGAGGAUCGGCAUAGUCAGCUCUUCAUCUGGAGGGGAUCGCGGCGUGACGUGACACCGUGGACGUACCAGCUAAACCGGGUAUGUUUCGGUAACAUCUCUUCUCCUUUUCUCGCACACUCGGUGCGGAAUAGGAAUGCGACGGACAACAAGGAUCGCUAUCCGGACGCGGUCUACGAUAUCCAUAAUAAUCACUACAUGGACGAUUAUGUGGCAUCAUAUGAGACAGAACGGGAACUCAUAUCAACAGCGACACAGGUGAGACUAGCACACGCGGAGGCUAGCUUUCGGCUGCGCAGCUACGCUAGCAACAGCGAGUUGUUAAUGCGAAACAUCGAUCCGGAGGAGCGAGCAACGGGACCUUCUCAUCUCGGAGAAAAGCAACAGACCGUCCUCGGAAUGACGUGGGACCCAGAGACGGAUACGCUGGGGUACAACACGAAAAUGCUACGAGUGCCAGACGACGUGAAAAGGUACGAGCGAUCGCCCACUAAAAGGGAACUUUUGAGUGCCGUAAUGUCAGUUUACGACCCAUUAGGCCUCAUAGCGCAGUAUAUGAUAAGCGCUAAGAUCAUAUUCCAACGUGUGUGGACAAAGGGCACGGACUGGGACGAGCGGCUGCCGGCGGAGGAAGCGGAGGACUUUUUCCGGUGGCUGAGGGCACUGAGCGACGUGUCCGCGCUGCGAAUACCCCGACGAUACGCCACGCCCACCGGUGCAGUUAGAAGAGAACUGCAUAUUUUCAGUGAUGCAUCGACCGAGGCCUACAGCGCGGCGGCCUAUUGGCGAGUAUCGAACGACGAGGAGGAAACGCAAGUGAGCUUAGCUAUAGCGAAAAGCCGAGUUUGCCCGCUAAAGGUAAUGACAGUUCCCAGGCUCGAAUUAACCGCAGCAGUCGUCGGCGUGCGGCUGGCGGAGACAAUUUUACGCGAGCAGCGUUAUCCUGUGACAAAGGUGACGUAUUGGACAGAUUCCAUGGUUGUUCUCGGAUGGGUUCGCGAUGACGCGCGAAACUAUCGUCCGUACGUGUCACACCGACUUGCGGAGAUCGCCGAGAAAACAGAUAGAGACGCGUGGAGGUAUGUACCAACCGCUCAGAACCCCGCAGAUCGAGCGACGAGAUGUCAACCAGCGCAGAGCGUGCGCAUCGAGGACGAGUGGUACGAAGGACCGCGCUUUCUCUAUGGACCCGAGACAUCAUGGCCUAGUCACACAUCGAAUCGAACAGACGACCUGCCUGAGAGGAAGGCGAGGCCGUCAACCGCGACAUCACUGGCGAUCAUCUCAGCGAAGCCAGACCCUUCGAGCGUACUGCCAGACGUGAGACGGUUUAGCAGUUACGACAGACUGUUGAACGCGACAGCGAACGUCUUGCUAUUCAUCGAGAAAAUGAGAACGAAGAAUAAAGCCUUGCAGCUACAAGUUGCGGGUGGGGCGGGCCGGAGUGGGCGAGGCUUGCGCGCGCAGCCCCCCGCGCUGCCCGCAGCCUCGCCCGCGCCCGCCACUCGACUAGUCCACAAAUCGCCGCGGCCCUCGCUCCUCGCACACGCUACGAGGCUACGUGCGCUACGAGCCGCGACCACAAACUUUUACCACGCGCUACGCGGUGCUACGAAGGCGCAGGCCUUCGACAUGCAAAAGUCUGUAACGCACUACUGA